AUGACUGGACGCGGAUCAGGUGGAAAAUCCAAGGCAAAGUCUAAGUCCCGUUCCAGUCGGGCUGUUCUCCAGCUUCCGGUCGGUCGAAUUCAUCGGCUCCUGAGGAAGGGCAACUAUGCCGAGCGAGUCGGAGAUGGUGCCCCGGUUUACCUGGCCGCCGUUAUGGAGUACUUGGUAGCUGAAGUGCUGGAGUUGGCCGGAAACGCCUCUCGUGACAACAAGAAAUCGCGAAUCAUCCCUCGCCAUCUGCUGUUGGCCAUCAGGAAUGAUGAAGAACUGAACAAGCCGCUGGCGGGCGUGGCCAUCGCUCAAAGUGGCGUUCUGCCGAACAUCCAGGUCGUGCUUCUGCCCAAGAAAACCGAAAAGAAGGCCUAA